GGAAGCACAUUCAUACCGGGACAGCACCUUGGUAACCGGAUAAACUAACAACUUGUGUGCAUCUGUUAUGGUUCUCGGGUAGACUGUUGAAGUGUUUAAUAGUGAAGAUCGACAGAGUAUUACAUCAAGAUGGCGUUGCCAUUCCUACCAGGGAACUCAUUUAAUAACAGUCUUGGAAAAACUAAACAUCACAAAUCCCACCAUUUUGGAUACAAAAAUGAAGUGUCCAUGCUGGUUGGCGAAGAUAAGCCAGGUAUAGGAGGAGAGCCAUUAAGGGGACAGAAACUGAAACCCAGGAACACAAUGUACCCAAGUGGAGAGGGCAGCAAUGUACCAGCAUGGGUCGCCUUUGACAGACAGGUCCUUUGCUUUGAUGCUUACUUCCAAGAGGCAGUGCACGAGAAGAGAGAAGAACAAUACAGAGUGAGGAAUUGCAAAGUUUAUUUCUACCUUGAAGAUGAUUCCAUCCAGGUGAUUGAACCAAGAGCAAAGAACAGUGGUGUUCCACAAGGAACAUUAAUAAGACGACACAGAAUUCCCAAACCAGCACCCAAUGAUGAUGAAUGCUACACAGUAGAAGAUUUCAACCUAGGAAAGGAAAUCAGUCUGUAUUCCAAAGUUUUCAAACUAACAAACUGUGAUGAUUUUACUCAAAAUUUCCUGAGAAAACUUGGUGUCCGUGUACAACGACCUGAUUCAUCACCCAACGAUCCAUACACCAAAUACAGAAAAGCUAUGGAUGAAAGUAUGCAGCCACUGAGACCUUAUGAGAAACACGACACACUCAAACAGUUCCUUGAUCACGAUCGUCAUGUUCUCCGUUUCUUCUGCUACUGGGAUGACACGGACAACAUGUUUGGUGACCCCAGGGAGCUGGUCCUCCACUACUUCCUUGCUGAUGACACUAUUGAGAUCCGCGAGGUUAUUCCUCCAAACUCUGGACGGGACGCUGUCCCCAUGUUCCUAAGGAGGGGCAAGCUUCCAAAGAACAUUGAAUCUCUAAGACAGCCUGGUGAAGUCACGGACCGUACUGUACUUAAUGUGUUUGGUCCCACUGGUCAUGGAGGCAGAUACAUCCUAGACAGUUUGAAGACCGGAGCGGUACACACCCACUUCUACAAUGACAAAGACCUGACUGUAGGGUCAGUGCUCAAUGUCUGGGGCAGGAAGAUCAUGUUAUGUGACUGUGAUGAUUUUACUAAGGAGUACUACAGAACCAAAUAUGGCAUUGCGGAUUUCACAGAUGUACCAUACAAGAAAGACAACUAUAUGAGGUUUGAGAAAGAGUUUCCACCUUACAAUGGCUGGGGCAGUGAGGAGGACUCCCUCUGUUCAUGUAUGGGUCUACUUCCAAAACCACCCAAGCGUGACUUCAUUAAAUUCAUGGAGAAGGACCGUCGUGGUCUGGAUAGCAACGUACUGCGUUUCCUGGCCAAGAUGAACACCACCAAGCCUAUUGACAUGGACCGUCGAUUCAUCAUCUCUUACUUCUUGUCUGAUGACACCAUUCUCGUGUUUGAGCCCCCAGUCAGGAAUUCUGGUAUUAUUGGAGGGAAGUUCCUUGAGAGGUCGCGAGUUAAGAAGCCAAACCAGCCACUGUACAGCACAAGGAUGUCAGAGUAUUACCUGUCUCAGGAUCUCUUCGUCGGUACCUGUGUCACCUUCAACAGUCACAAGUUUGUACUCAUUGAUGCUGACGAGUACGCUUUCCACUACAUGGAGGCCCACUCUGCUGAGUUCAGCAAGUCCAGUAUUGAAAGCAUUGUCUCCAGACUUGGCAACAUUCUAGGAAAGACCCCAGAUGAGGUCAGAUCAUUCUUCGCCAAGAAUGACCCCAGCGGUGGUGGAAUCAUCACCUAUGACCAGCUGGUGGCAUUGCUGCGCCAAGUUAAUCCAGAAAUGACUGACCAGGAGGUCAUGACCUUGGCCCGAUACUAUGCAGAGAAGACGGGUGAGGACACAGUCGAUGCACGCAACCUUGUGGCUAUAACACAGGAGCAGUUGAGGAAGAGGAACUAUGAGGGUUUUGCCAAACUCGUGGAAGAUUGCAUGCAAAAUGACAAGCACAAGACUGGUUUCUUAGAUGUGGAUACUGUACGGACAGUAUUCCACGCUCACCAUGUACCACUGCCAGAUGACAUCAUCCGAGCCACACUGGCCAUUGCCCCAGCCAAUGAGAAGGGAGAAGUACAAUACACAGAGCUAGUGAACAGCAUGAACUGGAGAGAUGCACCAGUUCCUCCCAUGCAGCACAAAGCAGUGCCUGACGAUUCCAACUGGAGCGGCACCAAACAGGACAAAAACGCGGUGUCAAACAUCAACUACCUGCGAUUGUUAGACGAUAUCUUCGGGAAAAAAUCAAGCAGUUAAAUAGAUAUGUGACAAUUAGGAUCUAUAAAAACUUGAAGAACUACAUUUUCAUAUUGAAGAGACUGUGAUAUUUGUUGAUUUUUAAUAUUGUGCCAGCAGACAUCAUAUGUAUUUGAUGUAACUGAGGAGAAAACUUUCCAAAACUAUGAGUACAGAAAACCAGGAGCAGGAAAUUUAACAGUAGACGAGUUAAAAUACAAUUUUUUUUCAUACUCGUUUACAUUAAUAGUUUUUGAAACCAACCAUAUCACUUUAUGCAAUCUGAUAAUUUUGUCAGAUGUGCUGUACAAUUAUAUGCUGCCAUCAGUUUAUUUUUUCAAAGUGAAAUUCAGCGAGGAAGAAUUUCCAUUUUAAGAUGUGUUACUUUUGCUGGAUUAUCUACAGAUCUAUAGUUUAUCAUGUGAUAUACAAACCUGCGAGACUAAUGUUUUGGAUUUUUUUGUCAGUGCUAAAAUCCUUGAACUGUCGACAAUAUUGUCUUCUUUUUUUUUCUACAGAUUUACAAAGUUCUAUAAAUACAUUUUACAGAGAUCUAUAUAUUGGCACAUUUCACUGUUUAAUUUAUACAUUGUGAAAAUCUGUACAGUAUGAAAAUUAUUGUGAAAUAUUAAUACAAUGAUAAUAAAUAUAUGGAAAAAUAUUUCCCUU